CUGCUCUGGUGGAAAGUAACCAAUGAGCGGCAGGAGUGCGGUGUCUGGUUACUCCCUCUCUUCAGCGAGCAGGAGGGCUCACAGACGGAGAGAGAGAUCUGAACCUCUCGGGCUGGAAGGGUGACUCGGCUUCCCAAAGGAACUAAAGACGCGCUGCCUGUUUUCAGCCGUGUAAAAGAUCUUCUCCGUUUACUCGCAGUCUGCAAGAUUUUACUCAUUAACCUUUAAGGACAAUCCAAGGAGUCCGAGUUACUUUUUUUUAUUUUAUUUUUUAAAUGGAGAUCAUGGACCUUACGGUCGAAGUAGAUCUUAUGAAGUAAAACCUGUUGCCAAUUCGACCCGGGCUGGUUUUCCAUUUCAGGUUUGCUGGUGGAUGUGAUGCUGGACUCUUGUUUGCGCACUGGCUGGUAGUUGGAGCGAAGUUUGAAGUUGUAGGCCACUUAUUUGCGAGGCAGCAUGCAUGUGUCUCUGGCUGAGGCGCUGCAGGUGAGAGGAGGGCCCCUGCAGGAGGAGGAGGUCUGGGCCGUGCUGAACCAGAGUGCAGAGAGCCUGCAUGAACUCCUCCGCAGAGGUUCAACAGAUCCAUCUGCGUUGGGUUUCAUCAUCUCUCCAUGGUCGCUGCUGCUCAUGCCUUCCGGAAACAUCUCUUUCACAGAUGAGAAUGUGACACAGAAGGACCUGCGGGCUUUCACUCCUCCGGAGGUGCUGGACGGCCUCAACCUCUCCUCGCUUUCUGAUAUGGAGAAGAUGCACAUGUAUUCACUUGGCAUGACGUUGUUUUGGGGUGCAGACUAUGAGAUUCCUCAGAGCCAGCCAAUGAAACUGGGAGAACACCUGAACAGAGUCUUGCUCAACAUGUGUGAUGAUUCCACACUCACCCGACUGUCUGUACGGUCGGUUCUGGACACCUGCAGCGCUCACAUCCGUAACUCCAGCUGUGACCCUUCAUUUUCUUAUGUCAGGAGGCUGGUGAGACUUGUUCUUGGCAGUCUCUCUCAGCUGGACGGUCUGUUGUCUGAAAGUGAAAGGGAGUCACUUCCAGAAAGAAGUAAAGAAAUUCGUGAACGUCUGCGAGGAAAAGGCCUGCCCGCAGGCCGUAGUGCCGCCCAUCGUGUGCUGGAGCGUUAUAGGGCCCGAACCCAGGAGCAGGCCAACCUGAACCGAGGACUUAGCCGCUCUAUGGGCUCUCUUCCCAUCCAGGACCUUGUCAGAGCAGAAGAGGGCCUUGCUCAGUAUGCCCCUUCAGAGUACCCCGCUGGGUCCGAGUCCUCUGCUGAACUCUACCACCAACGCCAACAACAACAACUGCAACAACAGCGCGGCCGACCCACGGAGGUGAACCAGCGUUCACACCCCCAUCAGAGAAACAAAAGCUGGGCCUCCUCAGCAGACUUGGCCUGCCUCGAUCCAGAUAUGCUCCGCUUUGGGGCCCUUGAGGAUGCCCGAAGGGGCAGUAGCGCUCUGAGCACCCGCUCAGCCGGAAGACACAAGUCAGCUUCCAAGGCCAGAGACUCUCGUUACUCGGACUUUGGGAGCUUGGAUAUCGGGAAGACCCAUCACCAUUCGAGUCAGUCAGUCGGCUCGCCGUUCAACAGCGCUUACGACCGGAUCAGAGAGAAGCAUAAGAAACUGCAAGCACUCAAACAGGCCAUAGAUGAUCCCCUGCAUACUCACAGAAGAUACCACAGUGACUACAGUUCCUCCAGCGAAAGCCCCUCGGUGGCAUCAUCAGACCCCGACUACAGACAAGCUAAGAAGCCAGAAGAUUUGAGGCGGUUCAGCUCUCAGGUCGGCCUGUCAGAGCAUGACGCCGUUUCACUUAGCAGUGCACAGAGACACAGACUUUUUGAGGCGGGUCAGGAUGAGUUAUUGGGCACAGAACUUCUGAUCCAGCGUCAGGAAGAAUUGCACAGGCUCCAGGCCCGGCUGUCCAGAGCCUCCGCCUACCCCGGCGAAGACCCGCGCACCUCCAUACUGGACCUGGCGGAGCCUCUUCAUAGCAGUCCUUUGGAAACAGGCCUCCAUCCACGCAAAUCUAAAAAUUUGUUUGGCCCCGAGUUUGUGAGGAUGAGCAGUGAGCCAACUGUGGUUUUAAGCGUGCCUUCGUCCAUAUUGAACAAGCGUGGGAAGGUGGAGGAGAGUCAGAGAAAGGUGGGGGUGGUCUUACUAAAUGGGCAGAAGUUGGAGCUGUGUUGUGAUGUGAAGGCGGUCUGUAAGGACGUUUUAGACAUGGUUGUAGCUCACAUUGGACUGGUGGAGCACCAUCUCUUCAGCCUCGCCUACCUUAAAGAUGACGAGUUCUACUUCGUCGAACCUGAUGCCAAACUUUCAAAGGUGGCACCUGAUGGUUGGAAGGAUGACCCUAGGAAAAAGAAAAUUGAUGUCAAUUUUAAUCUGUUUCUGCGUAUCAAGUUCUUUCAGGAUGAUGUCAAUCUGAUACAACACAUGAUGACGAAACACCAGUACUAUUUGCAGCUGCGGAAGGAUAUCCUAGAGGAGCGGGUACGCUGUGACUUUGAAAAUUCCAUGAUCUUGGCGUCUCUGGCACUGCAGGCAGAGUUUGGGGACUAUCAGACUGAGCUCCAUGGAAAGACGUAUUUCCGGACAGAACACUACCUCCCCGCUUCGGUUCUGGAUAAGAUUGAUCAGACCACCCUUAAAGAAGAGCUACCCAAACUCCACAGCUCGUACUACAAUGCUUCGGAGCAGGAGGCCGAGCUUGAGUUCCUCAAGGUGUGCCAGAGACUGCCGGAAUAUGGAGUUCACUUCCAUCGUGUGCUUCCUGAGAAGAGAUCCCUGACUGGCAUCAUGCUGGGCAUUUACUCAAAGGGUGUCCUUAUCUUCGAGGUCCUGAAUGGAAAUCGGACCCCUGUGCUAAGGUUCCCCUGGAGGGAUACCAAGAAGAUCUCUUUCACGAAAAAGAAGAUUUGCUUGCAGAAUACUUCGGACGGGAUCAAACAUCUGUUUCAGACAGACAGUCAGAAGACCUGCCAGUAUCUGCUGCACCUGUGCUCGGCCCAGUACAAAUUCCACCUGCACAUGAAAGCCAGACAGAACAACCAAGAACUGCAAGACCUGGAGAACUCUCCUCUGAGCAGUCUGCAGUACACUGAUGGGAUGGGUGCAGUUAGUCUGUCCCCAAGCACUGACCCUGAACUCUACAAGAGGAUGUCCUACUCUGAGAUGUCCCUCAGCAAGAGUUCAUCGGGUCGGCUCAAUGUCCUACCUGAACCGCCCUAUCCGGGGUUCAGCAGCAGCUCCAACCCCAGGAUGAAGAGUCGUUCCCAUCAUAACCUGGGACAGCUGCCUGAGUCGCCAGAGCACAGGAUGGUGCCUUUCAGUAGCCAAUCACAGAGCAGCAUGGUCCGAUCACAAGUGCUUGCAUCAUCACACCAGCGUGCAAGCUCCGACACGGACUCCAUCGCUGUCGCCAGACAGCAAGAAAGCAGUAUGUUCAGCACCAUGGUCAAUGACAGUCCCCGCUGGAGCCCCAAAAGCUUGAAGAAAGAAUCUGACUCUUCCUCCUGUGAGGACACGGGACAGGCGUAUGUCGUAGGUGUGAGCAUGCACAGCUCUGGAGUGCCCUCUACUCCUGCCUCCUCCAUAGGAAUCACUGACUCCCUGAAGAAGAAGUUGCAUGCCUUACCUUCCCCAGAGCGAGAGAUACAGACCGUAAAUCUGAAGAAAGACGUCAAGUAUGGGCUGGGCUUUCAGGUAGUAGGCGGAGAGGCUUCUGGGCGCCAGGACCUGGGAACCCUCAUCAGCUCCAUCACACCAGGUGGACCAGCAGAUCUAAACGGCUGUCUGAAACCAGGUGACAGGCUGUUGAGUGUGAAUGACAUCAGUCUUGAGAGCUUAUCACAUGAUACUGUGGUGGAGAUUCUGCAGAGCACCCCUGAUGAUGUCACAUUGGUUGUCUCUCAACCUAAAGAGAGGCUGUUUCCAGGCUCCCCUUCAGGAAUCCAUCACUAUAAAUCAGCCACUCAAAAUCAAGAAGUAGAUGUCGAUUCUUCCUCUGAAGAUCAUACAUGCUCCCCCAGCCCACCACUUAUCUCCAGCAAAAUGUCUCCGCCUCAGUCUGUUCGACAGGGCAGCGUCAGUUCGCAGGACUCCAGGACAGAGACUGGCGGCCUUCAGCAAACAAAUCUCAAUGGAUUCCAUCGCAACAUUCCCACCGAUGGUCCCGCGGAAGCGCAGUCCCUGCCAGCUGACAGUAAACCCUCUGUUGAAGCUACUCCACCAGCUUUGCCACCUAAAACUAGAAAACCCAAAGUGCCAGAUGUUCCUAAAGAGCUGGAAUACUCCGACAGAGGGGAUUCCGACAUGGAUGAAGACACAUACUCGAGUAGCCAAGAGAAACAAAAGACUAAAAAGGGGGUUUCUCCCAACAUCGUCACGGAGACUUUAAGUGCUAGUAGCCCAGAAGUCAAUAGCCUCCAGCCUGGAGAUCUAUUUGACAUUGAGCUGUCCAAAAUAGACAGCAGUCUGGGCAUUAGUGUCACGGUACUGUUCGGAAAGGGUGGAUCAAACACAACAGUGAGGCAUGGAGGGAUAUAUGUCAAAGCAGUCAUUCCUAAAGGAGCAGCUGAGCUGGAUGGGAGGAUAAAGAAAGGGGAUCGUGUCAUGGCUGUGAACGGGAAGAGUCUUGAAGGAGCGACUCACAAACAGGCAGUAGAGAUGUUGAGAGAUACUGGGCAGGUGGUGCAUCUGUUGAUGGAGAAAGGUCUGCCCCCAGAAAACAGCAUUCAUGCCCCUCUGACCCCUCAAGGCACCUCUUCUGAACCUCAAAACGCAGCUGUGGAGGAGGUACCACCACUGAAGAAAGCAGAAUACAACUUCAUUACUCCAGAUAACACGUUUGAUGUGGGGUUGCUGAAGAACACGUCCGGUCUGGGAUUCAGUUUCAGCCGUGAGGAGAACGUUCCCGGAGAGCCCUCGGGCUCCAGCAUGGUCCGGGUCAAGAAGCUGUUUCCAGGGCAACCAGCAGCCGAGAGUGGCCGCAUCGAAGUGGGCGACGUCAUUCUACGUGUCAAUCAGACGCCACUCAAAGGACUUUCACAACAUGAGGUGAUCUCUGCUCUGAGGGGGACAGGACAGGAGGUGACCCUUCACUUGUGUAGACCUGAACCAGGGGUCUUACCUGAGAUGGACCCUGCCAUUACAACUCCCGUGCCUUCUCCACGAAAGGAAGCUCGUCCCAAGCCCCAGCCCCAGCCCCAGCCUGAUCCCAAGACGAGCUCUCCACCUCAGGUGGAGCGCCAGCGGUUGGUGGGUCCUGUGGAAGAGGCUCUGGAGAGGUUGCUGAUGAAGUCGCCCAGUCGCAGGGACAGUUACAGCGACAGCACGGACAAUGACGAGUUGGAGGAGGCCUUCAGCCCUGCCAACCUAGAGCAGGCUAGUCAAGCCUGGGACCGGAGUGUCUAUCAAACCCCCUUGGAAAGACUCCCAUAUGAGGCCAAUAUGGAUGACACUGUACGAUCUGCAUAUUAUUCACCCAGACAAUCCAUGUCUAAACCGGAGGCCAACAGAAGUGAUUUGGACAGCUCUGCACUUGGCAUGUCAUCUUCUCCAGCCCUUCCUGAGGGUGGGAUCCUGAGCCCCAGUCCAGACCCUCUUCCUCCACCACUGCCAAACCCCGUUAACCUCUGUCUCCCAGAACGUGGCCAGGAAGAGGAGUUCAUCCCUGAGGUGGAGCUGAAGGUCUCUCUGGUGAAGUCUGAUAAAGGAAGUUUAGGUUUCACCCUCACCAAAGGACCGGACAACAAUUGCUACAUCCAUGACAUUAUCCAGGACCCUGCUAAAGGAGAUGGCCGCCUGCAUCCAGGGGAUCGCAUGAUAAUGGUGAAUAACACUGACGUGUCUGGCAUGAAUCACACCGAGGUGGUCAACCUGGUGCGAGCCGCCCCCAAAGUCGUGGACUUAGUGGUAGGCCGUGUCCUAGAACCUCCCAAACCACCAAUAGAGGCCCACCUCCUUCCCGACAUCAUGUUUCAGUGUCAUGACGAGCCUUUAGGUCUGGUUCUCGAUGGAGGAAGUGACAGUGGGCUGGGCGUACUGUACGUGAAAGACAUCAUCCCAGGAUCUGUAGCCUCAGCGGAAGGAAGUUUGAGACACUUGGAUAUCAUACAUUACAUCAACGGUGCUCCGACGCAGGAUCUGACCUUGAGUGAGAGCCGCAGACUUCUGCAGCUGUCACUGAGGAAUCUUAGUCUCAAAGCCACCAGGAAUGGGAAGCCUGUUUUUCCGGGUGAAGACGAGAUUUCAUUACUAAACAAUAACAUCAGUUCUAAAGUCUCCCAGAGUAUGAACGGUUAUCUCCAUAGCAACGAUCGUAAUGAAUUAGAGGCCCUAUCCGAUAUCUGUCCCGCAGAGGAGCAGAUUGUGAAGCUGCAGUUGGAGAAGCCGCCAGCAGGAGGCCUGGGCUUUUCUGUGAUUGGUGGAGAAAGGGGUAUUUUCGUGAAGUCCAUCACCCCUGGAGGCACCGCAGAAAUUACAGGCACGUUGCAAGUUGGUGAUCGUUUACUGAAGGUCAAUGACGAUCUGAUGAUCGGCGUGUCUCACUCUAAAGCCGUCACCACCAUCCGUAAAGCUAAAGGCUUGGUGCACCUCAUCGUCUCCCGCCCACCUGACCAAAUGCCCAACACGUACCUGGACUUUCUGCCUCUCAAAUCCAACGGUGUUAAUGGCAACAACGAUGUGAGUGAGGACAGCGGCGUGAAGACAAAACUCCAGACGCCAUCAGAGCAAAGCAAGAGCAGCAAUCCACCUCCCCUCCCUCCCAUAGACUAUGACACAGGCUCUCCAGAGAAAGGUAAGGGAACAGAAAGAAGUGGUGACCUAUCAGAGGACACAGACUGUGACGGCUCGUCUCUGCCUGAAGACUCCCCAGAGACAUCUCGGAAGGCUGAGUGGAAGGAAGAAAAUGUUGAUGCCCCACUGAAUGACAGUGCUCUGCAGUCAUUGUCAGGCCAGCUGGAUGAAGAUGAGAUCACAUGGGGGAGUGAUGAGCUGCCAAUAGAGAACAUCAACUCUAAAUUUACUGAAGAUGGACCCAUUGUUACUGAGGAUGAGCUGACGUCUCUGCCGCUGGUUAAAGUGGUUCCUGACGGUCAUUACACAUCUAACAACCUCAACACUAUAGUCCGUAUGAUGAGAGGCCUGCUGGAACAGAAAGUUCCUCUGCAAGAGUUUGAGAACCUGCAGAAUUUGCGCCCCUUGGAUGAAUGUCUGAUUGGCCAGACCAAAGAGAACAAGAAGAAAAACCGUUACAAGAACAUCGUUCCAUUUGACACAACCAGGGUCAUGUUGGGAAAGGAUGGUGGCUACAUAAAUGCUAACUUCAUCAAGAUGCCUGUAAAAGACGAGAACUUCAUGUACAUCGCGUGCCAGGGUCCGCUACCCACCACACUCGGGGACUUCUGGCAGAUGGUUUGGGAGCAGAAGUCCAACGUGAUCGCCAUGAUGACACAAGAAGUGGAAGGAGGGAAAGUGAAAUGUCAGAGGUACUGGCCCGACACGCCCCGCUCACCUGAGAUGGUGGACGACCGACUGCAGAUCACACUGGUCAAAGAUCAGCACCUGGACAACUUUGUCAUCCGGCUCAUAGAGGUCAAAGACAUCCAGACUGAUGAGAUCCAGAGAGUCACUCACCUGAACUACACAGGCUGGCCUGAUCAUGGAACCCCGACUCAACCAGAACAGCUCCUGACAUUCAUUUCCUACAUGAGACACAUCCACCGAUCAGGCCCCAUCAUCACUCACUGCAGUGCAGGGAUUGGCCGAUCAGGAACGCUCAUUUGCAUCGACGUGGUUCUUGGCCUCAUCAGCAAAGAUGCAGAUUUUGACAUAUCAGAUGUCGUACGUACCAUGAGACUACAGAGGCAAGGCAUGGUGCAAACAGAGGAACAAUACAUUUUCUGCUACCAGGUCAUCUUGUAUGUGCUCAGAUGUCUCCAGGCAGAAGAGAAACUCUCAGGAUAAAACCAUGGACCAGCACUGCCUUUCUUCUCUCCUCAUCAACUGAAAAUACCAGCGGGCUUCAGUCAUCAAGAUGUUUAGAAACUGCUUCAUUGUUUUCCGAUCAGGGGCUUCGACCUUGUCAGAACAAAUUAUGUUUUUACGAUGUUUUGGACGUCAGUGACGCAUACAAUUCUUGCAGAAUUUUGUGUAUUCUUAUCGCUUACAUUCUUGACCAUUGGCUGCUACUUCUUUGAAAGCAUUUAUUUUGUAACUUAUCGUUUUUAUAGAUUCCUUAAAGAUUAUGGAUCAAAUAAAAAAGAAAUGAAUUCAUAUUUUUUUGUGGUACAAAAUGAUUCUUGUGUAUUUUAAAACGAAAUGAUGCUGGAAAUGUUGCCUUGACAGAAUACAAGACAGUAUUUGCUUUGUAAAUCUUUUAGAAAUCACUGAGUGCCAGUGGUAAUCGAAGAAAUUAAAAGUGUUAUAUUUAGUGUGAUAUUUAUCAUAUGAAAUCUGUUGAUAUGUUUUAAAGCUGUUACAUACUGGACAAUUUGCAAUUUGUAAAUAAAAGAAUAUCAUGCCUUUAA